UCUAGAUAAGUGGCGAAGCGACUUGCUAUAAAAGAGGAAAAGCUGGGGUUCCUGUCAUCAGUUUACUCCUAAAGUAAUCCGAACUAACUACCAUGAAGGCUUUCAUCGUUCUUGUCGCCCUGGCUUUGGCCGCUCCCGCUUUCGGUCGCACCAUGGACCGUUGCUCCUUGGCCCAGGAGAUGUCCGCCUUGGGUGUCCCCCGUGACCAACUCGCCCGCUGGACUUGCAUUGCCGAGCACGAGAGCUCCUACCGCACCGGUGUUGUCGGCCCCACCAACUCGAACGGCUCCAACGACUACGGUAUCUUCCAGAUCAACAACUACUACUGGUGCCAGCCUUCCGACGGCCGCUUCUCCUACAACGAGUGCAGCAUGAGCUGCGACGCCCUCUUGACCGACAACAUCACCAACUCCGUCCGUUGCGCCCAGAAGGUCCUCAGCCAGCAGGGCUGGACCGCCUGGUCCACCUGGCACUACUGCAGCGGCUCUCUGCCCAGCAUUGACAGCUGCUUCUAAAUUGUUUGAUAUCGACC